AUGGUUCAGAAGCCAAAUGGGGACCUAAGGCUUUGUCUAGAUUGUAGAAAAUUAAAUGCAGUUUCCAAACCCGAUGCGUAUCCUCUCCCGUAUAUAAGCAGCAUAUUGGACCAGCUCCGCGACGCGAAAUACCUAACGUCAAUAGAUCUUUCCGCUGCGUAUUGGCAAAUACCCUAUGAUAGCGAGCAAUCAGCUGAUAAGACCGCGUUCACAGUGCCACGUAGGGGGUUAUUUAGAUUCAAUGUAAUGUCGUUUGGCCUUGUUUCCGCGUCAAGCACAAUGCAGAGAUUAAUGGAUAGGCUAUUUGGUCCCGAAUUUAACAACAAAGUAUUCUGUUUCCAAGACGACAUAACCAUAAUAUCCAGCACUUUCUCAGAACAUGUGCAGCUCUUGCAUAAGGUCUAUGCAAAACUCAGGGACGCAAACUUGACUAUAAACAUGGAUAAGUCUAUCUUUUGCCGUAGAGAACUUAAGUACUUGGGAUAUUUAGUUGACAAACAUGGACUUAGAACUGAUCCGGGAAAGGUAGAUAUUAUAUUGAAUUAUCCAACUCCAACUUCCGCUAAAGAGGUUAAAAGGUUUCUAGGCAUGGCAGGCUGGUACAGGAGGUUCAUUAACAAUUUUCCGAAAAUUAGUAAACCGUUGAAUAAAUUAACUAGCAAAAAUGUCCGCUUUGAAUGGACUACGGAGGCAGAUGAGUCAUUUAACCACUUAAAAACCGCUUUAGUGUCUGCUCCGAUACUUAAAUGUCCAAACUUUGAUUUGCCUUUUUCUAUCCAUUGUGAUGCUUCCUCAGUGGCUGUGGGCGGAGUCUUAACCCAGACUUAUGACGGGGUAGAACAUCCCAUAGCAUACUGCAGUCGGUCUCUUGCCAAAAAUGAAAUUAAUUUUUCCACAUCGGAGAGAGAACUUAUGGACGUGAUUUACGCAUUAGAGCAAUUUAGAUCUUAUGUAGAAGGUACAAAGUGUAAAAUAAUAACCGACCACGCCUCGUUAUUAUGGUUUUAUAAAUUAAAUAACCCAUCAGGUCGCUUAGCCAGGUGGAGCAUGCGAUUGAGUCAAUUUGAUUUCGAAAUAGAACACAGAAAAGACACAGGGGAUAGCAAACCUAUUAAGCAAAGGUACUAUCCAUUAUCACCUGUUAAGCAACUAGCACUUGAAAAAGAAUUGGAUAGAAUGCUUAGUUUGGGAGUUGUGUCACCUUCACAGUCAGCUUGGAACUCACCUGUAGUAAUGGUUCAGAAGCCAAAUGGGGACCUAAGGCUUUGUCUAGAUUGUAGAAAAUUAAAUGCAGUUUCCAAACCCGAUGCGUAUCCUCUCCCGUAUAUAAGCAGCAUAUUGGACCAGCUCCGCGACGCGAAAUACCUAACGUCAAUAGAUCUUUCCGCUGCGUAUUGGCAAAUACCCUAUGAUAGCGAGCAAUCAGCUGAUAAGACCGCGUUCACAGUGCCACGUAGGGGGUUAUUUAGAUUCAAUGUAAUGUCGUUUGGCCUUGUUUCCGCGUCAAGCACAAUGCAGAGAUUAAUGGAUAGGCUAUUUGGUCCCGAAUUUAACAACAAAGUAUUCUGUUUCCAAGACGACAUAAUCAUAAUAUCCAGCACUUUCUCAGAACAUGUGCAGCUCUUGCAUAAGGUCUAUGCAAAACUCAGGGACGCAAACUUGACUAUAAACAUGGAUAAGUCUAUCUUUUGCCGUAGAGAACUUAAGUACUUGGGAUAUUUAGUUGACAAACAUGGACUUAGACUGAUCCGGGAAAGGUAG